AAUCCCCUGGUGACCAUUGAAUUAAGAUCUGAGUGUGCACGAUGGCAGAACCAUGCCUACUCUUCCCUCACAUGCUAAUGUGGAACUGAAAGCCACUUCUGCUUCUGCUUUUUACCCAAUAAGGGACUGCAUAAGAAUUAUUGAGGAAAUAAAGCGGACUGGAUGAGACCCCACCAUCAAGAAGCCCAAGGCACAGAAGGACCAACGGGAGGCUGCUAGAUCCAUGGAGGGAAAUAUUGAAAUCUUAAACCUGAAUAUGAAGCCUGGGAACACCCUGAAGGUGAAGGGCAAAAUAUCUGCUGAUACUGUUGGCUUCAGCAUCAAUCUUGGCUGCAGCUCAAGAGAUCUGGCAUUUCACUUCAAUCCCCGCUUCAACGAGUCUGUCAUCGUCUGCAACUCCAAGUGCUCCGAUUCCUGGCAGGCGGAACUCCGUGAUCGCCACCUCCCUUUCUUCAGGGGCUGCACUGUCAAGUUCUUCAUUGAAAUGCUGUCGGACAAGUUCCGUGUGAAGCUGCCCGAUGGCCAUGAGGUGUGCUUCCCCAACCGGCACGGCCACCGCAACAUCAGCUACGUAAGCAUCGUGGGGGGACUGAAGAUCAUCUCCUUCAAGCUCACCUGAUGGGCACUGCUUCCUGGCUCUAAUAAAACCCAGCCAGUGGAAGUCUGGCUGCUCCA